AUGGAUAACUCUAUAUGUCUCUGUAGCUCGAUUCGGCUUCUAUCCAAGCAAUAUGACGAAGAACGAGCUAGAGAGUUGAUCCCUGCCCUCAACAGCCACCUUGAAGACGUCCGCCGACUCCUGGCAAAGUCAAAGGCACUGUCCCGGGACGUGCAGUAUCAAAUCACGCCACGCAACCAGCGGACGAACAAGGCCCUGUCCGUGGAUUCCAUUGACCUCGCGCCCGUCAAGCAGAUUUAUGAGGUCUUCAGCGAGAACGUCGAUGGCUUCUGGGUAGCCUCUGACGAUCGUGUCAAUGCCGACUUGCGUCGCCGGUUGGCUUGCAUAGUAAUAUUCCUGAGAUCCAAGUUGGAUCCUGAAGCCUCAGUUCCACCACAUAUCGCCAAGCCAUUUCACGGACAGACAAACUAUGCGGAUAUUCGUAAUUCUGGAAGAAAGUAUAUUCAAAUCGCCCGAAAAUUGGGUGGUCUGGGAUCGAUUCUCUGGCUUCCUUUAGACAUUCCGCCCUCCACUUAUGAGCGAUACCUGAACAUAGAUGAUGAGGAAGUCUUCAAUCAUUUACUAUCUCUUGCUCCGCAAGUCACGGAUCACGCGGACGUAGUACAACGUCUCAUUCUAAGUCAGCUACGUGAUCCAUCUUUGAAAUCAUCUUAUUAUAAUCUCUUUGUCGACUAUGCAGAGCUUAUACCGGCAGCGGAUCAGCUGUUGCUCUUACUUCAAGCAUUCGGCGCAGUCGAAAUCCCUGAGGUCCUUCUUAAAGGUGUGCGAAGACCGCAGCGUCGAUGGAAUGCCGACGGAGAAAUAGACGCUGUCGAUGCCCACAAGUUUGGGCUUUCGAACGAGCUUGUCAAACUCAUUUCCGACGAUGUUGAGUAUUCAUGUGCCAUAGAGAGCCCUAAUAUCAUCAAACGCAGGUUGGAUAACGACACCCUGGCUUUGUCGCUAUGCCCCGAAUUUUCUGUUUUCCUGUCCCGAGUCUUACGACCGAGGACUGUAGAAGAGCUAGGGGCAGUCGCUCUGAAGGUGCUUUGCUUUGUUUGUCCACCAUGUUAUGAGGGCAAUACGGACUGGUCUGAACCACUCAAAUUGGCCGCCUGGCCUAUCGUUGAGAAGACGACUAGAGCGUACAAAGUCCCAACACCACUUAGAACACAAGUCCUCGAGGCUAUUCUUUUCUUCUGCGAAAGGGAUUCAGUUGCCAUGCGCCAUGUUGCUGUGGACAGGGCUAGAUCAUUGUUGCGAAAGUCUAUGCCUUAUUAUCUCCACGCUACAGUUGUGCUCUUUCGCAGCGUUCUUUACCGCAAUGAUGGAGAAUUCACAAAGUCAGAGGCCCACAUACGCGACUUUGUAUGGCGUGGCCCACGACCUGUUACUCGACGGGACCACUCACUCCAUGGACGGCUUCACAUAUCUCAGAUGGAGAACAAGAUCAAGUGCACUGACGAUGACGUCUCCCUGCUCAUCUACGAAUGGAAGGCAGAAUUACCGCUCUCGACUCUGGAUACCGAGGUGACAUUCCGACUUCAGAGCACAGCAGCGCGUUUCUUCCAAUCCAUCGGGAAUUUCGCCGCCGCCAGGGCUUCCCUCGAACAGACUCUCUCCCUUGACAUGACCAAACCGUUGCGAGGAAACACACGCCGACUAUUGGUGAGCAGACUUGCCGACAUGUAUUGCGAGAUGGAAGAAUACUCCAAAGCGGCCGAGAUUCUUCGGCCAGAGCUGAGUAGCUCGAACAAGCCCGAACUAUCACGUAGGGCCUAUCCGCGUCUAUUACUUUCAUCGGCAGAGUUCAAUAUCGGACUUGGAAACUUCGACGCAGCAGAAUUACUACUCAGAGAGCUCGAGACACAACAUGCCACUCCGAUUGGUAUAGACACGCUCUUUGAUCAACAGCUACACAUGCGUGCUGUCCUCGCUGUAGCUCGGAUAGCCCACUUCAGGUUGGAUAAGAACGUCGCCGUAACACGAUGGAGGUACGCCCUGCAAGAGAUUCAGCGUAUGCACGCUCUCAAAGCAGAAGCCGGCUUCACGGCGGCGACGAUACAUUUGUCCUUAGCUCAUGCGCAGCUUGCCGCCGGCGAUGCAGUUGGCGCCUCAGCAUCUUGGGCUGCUGGAUCGGAGAUACUCAAGACUGAGACGUGCGAAUUUUGGCUUCCUAUUGUGCCGACCGUUUGGCUUAACAAGGUUACGCGUGAGGUCUAUGAAGCUCAGGGCUGGACGUUUCGCAUGAUGCUACCAGGUGCCAAACCUGAUGCUACAACACCGUGA